UAGGAUGCCGCCGCGGUCCUUCGACACUCUUUUGAGCCUCGUCGGCCCCCACAUCACGAAGGAGGAAACCCGAUUCCGACGCCCGAUCUCUCCCGACGAUUGCCUGGCUUUGGCCGUUAUUUUUAUUUGCACAUUUUUGGCAGCAGGUGAAAUGCUGAGGUCCUCCUCAUACAAUUUCCUCUGUGGGAGAACAACAGCGUGCAAAAUUGUGUCGGAGGUAUGUGCAGCUAUCUGGGACAUCCUGAGUCCCAUUUACUUUGUAUGCCCGAAGACCGCAGACGCCUGGAUCAGGGUUGCUGGCGAGUUCGAGGAAAGAUGGAAUUUGCCACAUUGCUUGGGUGCGAUUGACGGCAAGCACGUCAGCAUCGAGUGUCCUGCGAAGUCCUGCAGCCAGGACAGAAAUUAUAAAAAUGGCUUCAGCAAGUCGUUGCUUGCUGUUAGUGACGCCUACUACAGGUUCCUGUAUGUGGAGAUUGGCCACCAUGGCAGCGAGUCGGACGGAGGCAUCCUCGCACGUAGCGAGCUACAGCGCAGCAUUGUCGGAGACCAACAGGGCAUUCCCCCAGAUUCUAGUCUAGGCAACAUUGGCAAAGUGCCUUAUUUCUUGGUUGGGGACGAGGCCUUCCCGCUGAAGAAGUACCUUAUGCGGCCUUAUCCAAGAAAAAGCAAGUGA